GCGCGUCGCCGCCUGUUGCGUUCGCCCCUCCUUUUACUUUCGCCCAUGCGCACCGCUCUCUCCCGUGGCCUUCCUUUUCCUGGCGGCGACAGAGCGGCGCCGUCCUUCACCGGGUCUUCGUCGGUCCCUUCGCCGGCGACGAGCACCCACCAAUAAGGUGGAGCUCAGAUCAUUGGUGUCUCUUUUAUCUUUCACCAAGGACUCUGGUGCCUCAUUUUGCGAGCGGAACAAUAAGCUUGGUCUAGCAAAUAGAUUAUGAGCUCUUUGCUGAUCUAAUAGCAUUUCUACAAGAAUUCUUUUACUCGAAGGUUUAUUAGUUGUUUGCAACAAUGAAGGAUCAUCUAUUGCUCAAUGUUGAUGACCUAAGCAUUCCUGAGCCCAAUGAGGUCACUAGGGCAUUAAAGAACACAUCAUCUGGGGGAGCCUUUGCACGCCCACCCUCCAUGGCUCAUGCCGUUUUAGCAAUGGGAGAAAGCAUGGCUUCGGAAGAAGAACCUCUUCUACAGAUGGUGGAGUGUCGCAUUUGUCAGGAGGAGGAUAGUAUUAAAAAUCUAGAGAGUCCAUGCGCUUGCACUGGCAGUCUAAAGUAUGCUCAUCGGGCUUGUGUGCAGCGAUGGUGCAAUGAGAAAGGAGAUGUAACAUGUGAAAUAUGUCAUGAGCCUUACGAACAUGGGUACACUGCACCUCCCAGAGCUCAUCCUGAUGAAACUACCAUUGAUAUAAGUGGCGGCUGGACCAUUACUGGUACGGCAUUUGACUUGCGUGAUCCUAGAAUCCUUGCAGUGGCACAAAACCAUAUCCUGGAAGCUGAAUAUGAUGAUUAUUCUGCCACGAAUGCCAGCACUGCUGCCUUUUGCCGCUCCGCUGCUCUUGUUUUAAUGGCUCUCUUAUUGUUGAGACACGCACUGACUCUAACUGAUGAAGAUGAUGAUGAUACUUCUGCAGUAUUUUCACUUUUUCUAUUGCGCGCUGCCGGUUUCCUGCUACCAUUCUACAUUAUGGCAUGGGCAAUUAGUAUCUUGCAGCGCCGCAGACAGAGACAGGAGGCAGCUGCUCUAGCUGCAACGGAGGUGGCAUUCAUCCUGCAGUCGGGGCAAGGGAGGGGAAUGCAUUUCACCAUUGCACCAGACUCCCCUGCCACACCUCAGCAUGAACCACCACACCCUUAAUGAUAUCUAUGAAGGAGUGGCUGGCUGUGGCAAUGGUCGCAGCGACCGCAGAUUGCUUACUUGCACCGGAUCCCCCAAGGAUUCAUUUAUCGUGGUUGCAGUCUAGUGCAGAACCAGAUAAUUUCCACCAGAAGUUUCAUUGCAUAUCAGUGUACUGAGUGCAAAGAUGCAUGUUCGUGCUUUGGAUUUCGCUAGUGCGUUUUGCAUGUUGGCUGGGAAGUAACGGGGUGUAUAUAACUUAACAGAGAUAUCGGGGGCCUGAUUGCCCCAAUUGUCAAAGUUUGAAAAACGGCACUUUCUGAGGCGUGUGUUUGAUGUGAUCUCUACAUAUGGCUUCCGAGUCAGCCAGAUCAUGUCCUGACGAAUUCUAACCCUGUUGAUGUAUAAAUAUAUGCGCGAUAA